AUAAAAUUAUUUGAUUCAAAUAACAGAUCACUUGUCUAUCCCUUUAUUUUCAUUAUAACUUGUUUUCUUGUCUACACUUUUCAGUCAUGUUUUUGUUUUUGCAGCAAAAAUAUUAUAUUUACUUUUAACUACAUUUUUAAGACUACUUAUAAAUAAAUUAACGUAAGAAUCGACUAAAACAAUGGCAACAAAAGUUUUGUCGUUUAAAAAGUCGAAGAAAACCAAACCAAAGAUCAUUCAAUUGGAUGACAACGAAGACAAUGAUAACCAAAGUCAUCAUCAGGAGAACAGGCCUUUGAUUAGUGCCAAUGAGUUUCAUAAUAGUAUUGAACCGACUCGUGAGAUGACACCGAACGGCAUCCCAUCGGCGCCUCCCGAAGAGGAAUACCGACCGACGGGUUUGGCCGACAACAACACCCGCACACUAUUUAUGCAAAAAACGGCAUCGUUAAGCUUUCUCAUAAGUUAUGCGAUAACGCAAAGCACUGCCAAAGCGUUUCUAUACGCCAUGGGUUCCAGCGAUUUGUGUGAUUUGGGAGUAGUUUUGGGCUCAAGAGGUCGUUUGGAUUUCACUAAAUGGCGUUAUAUAUCGUUAAUUCCGUUAUCAAUGAUUGGGUCCAGUGUUUUGGCGCCGAGUAUUCUCGGCCUUUCGGUCAAACAUACGAUUUGGCCGUCAAUUAUCAUGACCUCUGCCAACACCUAUUUGGCCGCCAAUACAGUGCCUGUCAUUCGCCACAACGAUCUUAAGCUGGAACCGAGUGAAUACGUGUUUGCCUCAAGAGCCGGCGAUUCAACGGACAGAACACCUCUUCACUGGGCAUCGAGUGAUGGGAAGAGAGAUCUGGUCCUCAAACUCGUGACCGAAGGCGCGGACAUU